CUUGCCAUCUCCGGCCUCACCACAAUGGCCACCGUAACCACCACAACCGUCACCGAACCUGACAAUGCCGACGCGUCCACACCACCGCCGUCUUUGCCGUCGACCAAGAAGGCGAUGUACGAGCUAGCCGCCCGGAAUAUCUACUACGCGAAGCCGGUCGCGGCGCCGACAUCAUCGCUUGCGCAACUCCUGAGGCCGUGCGGCGCGGCACUGGCGACGCCGGAUUACAUCCUCCGUGACGUGUCGCUUUUGGCGCGCGCCGGUGAGAUCCUCGCCGUCGUCGGCCCGAGCGGCGCCGGCAAGUCCACGCUGCUCGACAUCCUCGCCGCCCGGACGGCGCCCACCCACGGCCGCCUCCUUCUCAACUCGGCCCCGCUCCGGCCCUCCUCCUUCCGCCGGCUCUCGGCUCACGUGCCCCAGGUUGACGUCGCGCUGUCAUUGCUCACCGUCGCCGAGACGUUCACCUUCGCCGCGUCGCUGCUGCUCCCGUCGUCGGCGUCCGCGGCCUCUGCCGCAGUCACCACGCUCCUUUCGGACCUCCGUUUGAUGCACGCGGCGCACACGCGGGUCUCUGCCUCGCGACUCUCGGGAGGCGAGCGCCGGCGCGUGUCCAUCGGCCUCGCUCUGCUCCGUGAACCCGGCGUCCUCCUGCUCGACGAGCCGACCUCCGGCCUCGACUCUUCCUCGGCUUUCGUGGUCGUCGGCUGCCUCCGCGCCGUGGCGGCUGCCAGAGGCACGACGGUGGUGCUGUCGAUCCACCAACCGAGCGCGCGCCUCCUCUCUGAAGUGGACUCGCUACUUCUCCUGUCCCGCGGGACGGUGCUCCACCACGGCUCCCUCGCCUCCCUCGACACCGCACUUCUCUCCCACGGCUUGACAGUCCCAGCACAGCUCAACCCACUAGAGUACGCCCUCGAGGUCAUCGACCAGAUCCCUCAUCCCUCACCAUCCUCCCCAGAACCUAAAUCGGCGCAAGAUCUCGCCACAAAGCCAUCAAAACACAACAAGGCAGCAGCCAUGGCGACGCCGCCCUCGUGUACUUCGGCGUGCUCGCGGAUACACGAGUUCGUGGUUCUCUACAAGAGGGCGUGGAAGGUGGUGUACCGGAGCAAGCAGCUGCUCCUGACCAACUUCCUGGAGGCGGUGAUCGUCGGGACGCUGCUGGGCACCAUCUACAUCAAUGCGGGCUACGGCGAGGUCGGCGCGCACAAGCGGCUGGGGCUGUUCGCCUUCACGCUGACCUUCCUGCUCACCUCCACCACGGAGACGCUUCCGACGUUCGUGACGGAGCGGCCGAUCGUUCUCGCCGAGACGGCGGCCGGGCUGUACCGGCUGUCCUCUCACGCGGCGGCGGCCACGAUGGUGUUCCUCCCGUACCUUCUGGUGGUGGCGCUGCUCUACUCGUCAUGCGUCUACUUCCUGGUCGGGCUCUGCGCGUCGCCAGCAGCCUUCAUGGUGUUCGUGCUUGUUGUGUGGGCUGUAGUGCUCACGGCCAACUCCUUCGUGCUGUUCAUCAGCUCAUUCGCCCCGGACUUCAUCGCGGGGAUGUCGCUGGUGUCCGUGUCCCUGGCCGGGUUCUUCCUGUUCUCCGGCUACUUCCUGUCGCGGGAGAGCACGCCGUCGUACUGGGUGUUCAUGCACUACGCGUCUCCGUACAAGUACGCGCUGGACGCGAUGCUCGCCAACGAGUACUCGUGCGCGGCGAACCGGUGCUUCGGGGUGGCCGAUACAGGAGGGGAGUGCUCGCAGACGGGGCUCGACGUGCUGUCGUCCAAGGGGCUCACGGCGGAGGAGCGGUGGACGGGGGUGCAGGUCCUCUUCGGCUUCUUCCUCCUCUACAGGGUGCUCUACUGGGUUGUGCUCAGCCGGAGAGCGUCCAGGGCCAAGAGGUGA